AUGUCUUCAUCAUCACUACCAUCCAAGUCUAAUCAUACAGACACCAUCAAACCAGUUGACCCAUUCUACGGUUCCGUAGAUUCCAAAGUCCCCGAGACAGAGAUCUAUGAAGAACAGGAUAUCGUUAAAGACUCGUAUGAUCGUGACACUGUUGUAGAAGUUGAUUCUGCAACCAUCACGGCCACCGCUGCUACCAACCAACUGGAUAUUUACCCUACAGACCAGCCCAUUGGGUUUUGGAAGAAAACAGGUCUUAAGCUUAAUAGCUAUUUCCCAUUUAUUUUCUCCAAACGGUUUGCAAUCAUUUUUGUCCAUGGUCAGAUCCUGUCUCUCUGUAUUGUGUCUACAAAUACGCUCACGACCUUCAUGUCCAAUAAUGGCGUCAAUAUCCCUGCGUUCCAGUCUUUGUUUGUCUAUGUUAUUUUGGCUUUGAUCUUUGUCCCCUAUACCAUCUACAAGCAUGGCUUCCUUCAUCUCUUUAAACAGAUUUGGUUCCGUAGUGGAUGGAAGUACUUUAUUCUUGCGUUUGCUGAUGUCCAAGGUAACUACUUUAUUGUCAAAGCCUACAACUAUACAAACUUAUUGUCUGCUUCGCUACUCGAUAAUCUUGCCAUUGUUUUUGUUGUGAUUCUUUCAUUUUUGUUUCUCAAGGUGCGCUAUCAUUGGGCGCAGUGCCUUGGUAUUAUUGUCUGUAUUGGUGGCUCCGUCGUUGUUGUUGUUUCCGACUUGCUUACAGACAAAAACUGGGCUCCCUCCGAUCCUCUUAAAGGUGAUUUAUUUGUUGUUCUUUCUGCCUUUUGUUACGGUCUUUCAAAUGUUCUUGAAGAGUUUUUGGUUUCCAAAGCUCCAGUUUACGAAGUUGUCGGCCAACUCGGUUUCUUUGGAACAUUUAUUAUUGGCGUUCAAUGCGCCAUUUUUGAGCGUGGUUCCAUGCGCAAUGCCAACUGGCAACCCAAGAUUGGUGGUUACCUUACUGGAUAUACUUUGUCCAUGUUGAUUCUUUACUGUACUGCUCCUAUUCUUUUCCGCAUGUCGUCUAGUGCCUUUUACAAUCUGUCUUUGCUCACAUCCGACUUUUGGUCUCUUAUUAUUGGUAUUCGUGUGUUUGGUUACUACGUCUUUUGGCUCUAUCCCGUUGGCUUUGUCUGCAUUAUUAUUGGUGUUAUUAUUUACCAUUUGGUGCCCAAGAGCAGAAAGACUGAGGCUAAUAAACCAUGGCUUGGUGAGAACCAGGAGCUCGGCGUUUCUGGGUUUGGUACGGCUAAACGUGAUAUUGAACGUAAAGAGCAAACCAAGAAUAACGUUGACGAUGAUGCCAAAAGCCCUGAUGAGGAAUCUUCAAGACCUAUAGAUUUUUGA